AUGGACCUUGCUACAAAAGUGACUCUGUUUCCAUGGGAUCCCAAUUCGGAUCUUCAUGUAGAAUUGCUUGUGAAGCAACGGGUGGAAUGCAGUUGGGACCAGGAAAAAGUUGAAGCGAAAUGGAAAGAACAACAACUCAAGGGUGAGAAGUGUAUUUAUUGGAUUGUGCUGCCAUGGCAUGAAUCACAGGUGGCAUCAGAAGACGAGAAGCUUCAAGAUACAGCGACUGCAAUCAAUACUGUACCCCGUCAGCCAACAAAAGAGAGCUUUAUUCCAAUCGGUCAUAUCUCGCUGGAUUCCAAAAAUGUCGAAGCAGAGCACAUUGACCUAGACCUGCCAUCUAAAAACGUUUUCUGGAUUAAGACAUUCUAUAUCAGACGACACAUCCAAGGCCAGGGUAUUGGGCGAGCUGCGAUGGAUGAGGUCGAGUUCAUGGCAGUGCGAGAGCCACUUCAGGCCAAGACAUUGAUGCUGGACACGGUCCAAAAAGACGAUCAAAAGCGAGAGGAAUUUGCAAAUGCGACAUAUGGUGGUAUUCCGAAAACUACUAAUGAGGAGUGGUAUUCUCGCCGGGGCUAUCGUUUGAUCAAAACCAUGCAGAACUACUACCGUGUUGCGGAUAAGAAUGGAAAGGUUUGGGACACGAAGACUGUCUUUAUGCGGAAAGAUAUUGCUGUUCUUCAUGGUGAGUAA